AUGAAGUGGAAGGAGGACAUUUGCCUGGAAGAACUUCCUAUGUCACCAGGCACAGAUAGCACCGCCAUCUCCCUGUCCGACGUCGAGAAGGAGAUUCUCGACAAGCAAGUGAAUGCGCCCGCAUCCGAGCCGGGCUUCUUUGGUAUCUACCGGUAUGCCAGUCGCUGGGACAUAUUCCUCAUCAUUCUCAGCUCGGCCGCAUCCAUAGCCGGAGGAGCUGCUCUACCUUUGUUCACUGUCCUCUUUGGCAACCUCACUUCAACCUUCCAAGACAUCGUCGCAGGCACCAUCACCUACGAGCACUUCCAUAACGAACUCAACCGAUACGUCGUCUACUUUAUCUACCUUGCCGUCGCCGAGUUCCUAACCAUCUACAUCGCGACCGCGGGCUUCAUCUACACCGGUGACCAUGUCGUUCAGCGCAUCCGCGUGGAAUACCUGCGCGCCAUUCUGCGCCAGAACAUCGCUUUCUUCGAUACCCUGGGAGCCGGUGAAAUCACCACCCGCAUCACGGCAGACACAAACUUGAUACAGGAUGGAAUCUCCGAGAAAGUCGGCCUGGCGCUGACGGGAUUAUCCACCUUUGCUACAGCAUUCAUCAUCGCCUACAUCAAGUUCUGGAAGUUGGCCUUGAUCUGUAGUGCCACCCUUAUUGCCCUGCUGGUUAUCAUGGGCGGAGGGUCCAUGUUCACCAUGGUUUAUAGCAAGAGAUCGCUCGACUGCCAAGGUCGUUGCGGUAGCUUUGCCGAAGAUAUCCUUGAUUCUGUUAGAACAGUUGUGGCCUUUGAUGCUCAGAAUGUGCUGGCUGCCAAGUAUGAUGCUCAUCUGUUAGAGUCUGAGGGGCCCGCCCGAAAAGCGCAGAUUACCUUUGCCAUCAUGGUCGGUGCGCUGCUCUCCUGCAUCCAUUUGAAUUAUGGAUUGGGCUUCUGGCGUGGGAGUAUAUUCCUUGUGCAUGGAGAUAGCGGUGUCCAGGCGGGUGAUAUUCUCACCAUCCUCAUGUCCAUUAUGCUUGGAUCGUACCAUUUGGGGAACGUUGCUCCAAACACCCAGGCCAUCUCGAAUGCAGUGGCUGCGGCAUCUAAGCUGUACAGUACCAUCGACAGGCCAUCGCCCUUGGAUGCAUCCUCGGAUCAGGGCCUGAAGCUGGGCCACAUCAAGGGCAACAUUGUCUUGCAGAACAUCAGACACGUGUACCCAUCGCGGCCCGAGGUCAUUGUCGCCAAUGACUUGAAUGUCUACAUUCCAGCCGGCAAGACUACGGCAUUCGUCGGGCCCUCGGGAUCCGGCAAAAGUACGGUCAUCGGGUUGAUCGAGCGGUUCUACAAUCCUGUGGCUGGACGAAUCACUCUUGAUGGACAUGAUUUGCAAAAUUUGAACCUUCGCUGGCUGAGACAGCAAGUUUCGCUAGUAUCUCAAGAGCCUCGACUCUUCUCCACCACCAUCUACGAGAACAUCAAAUUCGGGCUGAUUGGCUCUGACUUCGAGAAUGAAACCGAGGCACAGAUCACCAAGCGGAUCCACGAUGCUGCUCGCAUGGCCAAUGCGCACGACUUCAUCAUGGCUCUUCCGAAUCGAUACGACACCAACAUCGGGUCUUUCUCGCUGUCUGGUGGUCAGAAGCAGCGUAUUGCCAUUGCACGAGCGGUCGUCAAGGAUCCUCGCCUGCUGCUUCUCGACGAAGCGACUUCAGCGCUGGACGCAAAGUCGGAGGAAAUCGUGCAGUCAGCGCUGGAUAAAGCCACCAAGGGUCGUACAACAAUUGUCAUUGCACAUCGCCUCUCUACUAUCAAAGACGCCCAUAACAUCAUCGUUCUCGUCAACGGCCAUAUCGUAGAGCAGGGGCCACAUGCAGAGCUCAUGGACCGGAGAGGCGUCUACUGCGACAUGGUCGAAGCCCAGCAGAUCAAACAGCGGGACAAGAAGCGGCACGAGUCGAUGACAUUCUUCUUCGAGGAUGACUACGCCACCUAUCCCAUGGAAGACCAGGACGCACUAAGCGACGAUGGCUCGGAAGUCGGGCUCAAGUCUGGCAGCAAACACCGACGCCGCCGCACCCGAAUGUCCAUGUUCAUCCCACCCUUGCCAACGAAAGUCAAGCAGACUUUCUCUCUCUGGUCGCUAUUCAAAUUUCUUGCAUCAUUCAAUCGCCCCGAAUGGCCGAUCAUGUCUCUAGGUCUCUGUGCCUCCAUCGUCGCGGGCGGCAUCCAGCCCUCUCAAGCCGUCCUGUUCGCCAAAGCCGUCAGCACCCUGAGUCUCCCACCCUUCGAAUACCACAAACUGCGCCACGACGCCAACUUCUGGUCCUUGAUGUUCCUCAUGAUGGGCAUGAUCACCCUCUGCAUCUACAGUCUCCAGGGGACCCUCUUCGCCUACAGCUCCGAGCGCAUGAUUUACCGCGCCCGCAGCCAGGCCUUCCGCGUCAUGCUGAACAAAGACAUUUCCUUCUUCGACCGCGAAGAAAACACCACCGGUGCCUUGACCUCUACCCUCGGCGCCGAAACCAAGCAACUAGCCGGUAUCAGCGGCGUCACACUGGGCACCAUCCUCAUCGUAUCUGUCAACCUGGCCGCCUCCCUCGUCGUGGCCCUAGCAAUGGGCUGGAAACUCGCCCUGGUGUGCAUCUCCGCCGUCCCUGUCCUCCUCGCCUGCGGUUUCAUUCGCGUCUGGAUGCUCGACAAAAUUCAGCGUCGCGCUAAAACAGCAUACCAGAAAUCAGCCAGCUCCGCUUGCGAAGCCGCUUCUGCUAUCCGCACGGUCGCUUCAUUGACCAUGGAGCCGGAGGUGCUCCAAUCUUACGAGUCACAACUCCAUAACCAGCUGAGAAGCGACAUCUUCCCCAUCAUCAAGUCCUCUGCGCUGUAUGCUAGUUCCCAGGCCCUGCCGUUCCUAUGCAUGGCGCUUGGGUUCUGGUACGGCGGCACUUUACUCGGAAAGGGCGACUAUUCCCUCUUCCAGUUUUAUGUCUGCUUCAGUGAAGUCAUCUUCGGCGCGCAGGCUGCGGGAACCAUCUUCUCUCACGCCCCUGAUAUGGGCAAGGCCAAGAACGCGGCUGUGGAGUUCAAGAAACUCUUCCGCAACAACAACCCCACUACUUCUGCAAUCAAUAGCUAUCGAUACGGACCUCCCGUCCACGUUGCCUCCAUGCAAGGGGAGGUUGAAUUCCGUGACGUGUCGUUCCGGUAUCCCACACGUCUGGAACAGCCUGUUCUACGCCACUUGAACCUCACCGUCAAGCCAGGGCAAUAUGUCGCUCUGGUGGGGUCGAGUGGUAGUGGCAAGAGUACGAUUGUUGCCCUGUUGGAACGGUUUUAUGAAGCGCAGGUGGGCGAGAUAUAUAUCGACGGACGCAACAUCAAAGCGUUGGACAAGAAGUCGUAUCGCAGUCAUUUGGCGCUGGUCAGUCAGGAACCGUCGCUGUUCCAUGGCACUAUUCGGGAGAAUAUUCUCCUGGGUUGUACGGAUAAGGAACAUGUGUCGGAGGAUAUGGUGGUCAAGGCGUGCAGAGAUGCGAAUAUUUAUGAUUUCAUCAUGUCGUUGCCACAAGGCUUUGACACUCUCGUUGGUAACAAGGGUGGCAUGUUGUCAGGUGGACAGAAACAGCGUAUCGCGAUAGCGCGUGCGUUGAUUCGGAACCCGCGCAUUCUGUUGUUGGACGAGGCGACUUCCGCGCUGGAUUCCGAGUCGGAGAAGGUGGUGCAGGCUGCGCUGGACGCGGCUGCCAAGGGGAGGACCACUAUUGCGGUGGCGCAUCGGUUAAGUACGAUUCAACGGGCGGAUAUGAUAUAUUUCUUAGAGCAGGGAGAGGUGAUUGAGUGUGGGACACAUAAGGAGUUGUUGAGGAGGAGAGGACGGUAUUAUGAGAUGGUGAAUUUGCAGACUUUGAGGUGA